AUGAAGCGCUGCUCAACGGUUUGCUCAUCAAUAAUCUCUUCGCCACACUGGGCUUCUUUUCUUCUACAAAUUACACUGUUCUUGUCACUAUCGCAUUGCGGCGGAGCUGACACCAACGGGACAUUUGUGGAUUUUGACGACGCCAACGAAACUUUGUACUACGCCGAAGAUGAGUACCAGUACAGAUCGACCAACAUUAGCAGCAGCAGCAGCUCUUAUUACACGAGCGAGCCACAGCAUGCGUUGGUCUACCCUUGGGUUGUCCAAAUUCUGGGAGUGGUCACUUUCUUCCUGUUACACCACUAUGAACUGCCCAUUCCCUAUGCCGCCGUCAUGUUUGUGAUCGGGAUGAUUAUGGGCAUCUCAGCCUUUCGCCUGGAGAGUCCACUGCCUCAGUUUCACAAUAGUAUUCGGAUCUGGAGUGACAUCGACUCCCAAUUGUUGCUGCUAGUCUUUUUGCCAGGGCUGAUCUUUCGAGAUGCCAUUGAUAUCGACUUGUUUACCUUCCGUCGAUGUUUUCCACAGCUGCUGGUAUUGGCGUUUCCCAUGGUCUUAUUGGGAACCUUUCUGACGGCACUUGUUGUGGUGUACGUGUUGCCCUCUGCAUCGACGUCUGCGUAUUAUGAUGAAUUCACAUGGAGUUUGGGGUUGACUUUGGGCAGUAUAUUGGCAUCCACAGAUCCUGUCGCUGUGGCUGCAGUCUUGAAGCAAGCAGAUGCCCCACCACGUCUGCAAAUGCACAUUGGUGGAGAAUCCAUGCUCAAUGAUGGGGCAGCCGUGGUCUUUUAUGUUAUCUUUUCGACCCAAUUCUUGGCCGGGCUGGGAUUGAAUGAUACCACUGUGACCUUUGGACAAGGGGUCCUUACGUUUGUCCGCAUGUCCUUGGGCGGAGUGGCAGUGGGAUUCUGCUUUGGGAUGGGCCUUUUGCUGCUACUCUACGAAUUGGAUCGUAGGCUUGACAAAGAAAAUGGUGUGGUGCAGGUUGCGGCUGCUGUGUCCACUGCGUACAUGUCCUAUUAUGUGUCCGAACAGGUUUGUGGCAUGUCUGGAGUCAUUGCCUGCGUGGUUUGCGGAGUCAUCACCAAAGCUCUUGGUGGUUCACGUCUCUUGGCAGAUCCCGAAUUGAUGGACACCUACCUAAAACUCUUGGAACAUCUGCUCAACACGCUCCUGUUCACCUUGGGAGGGACUGUAUUCGGAGAAGUCAUUGCCAACAGCGACGAACGAGCAAGCUUUACUGCAACGGAAUGGAUGAGCCUCUUGCUAUUGUACACUUUUGUCAUGCUCAUCCGAGGGGUUCAGGUGACACUGUUUUACCCACUUCUCAAGCGGCUGGGAAUGUCGACGAAUUGGAAAGAAAUGGUGUUUCUCUCCUUUGCUGGAUUGCGAGGUGCAGUCGGAAUCGCCCUUGCCUUGUCCUUGGAUCGAACCGUCAGACAAGAGACCACAGACGAAAGCAGUAGGGCGGUUACAUCGACUGUGGUCGGCCUAGCGGGUGGUGUAUCCUUCCUAACUUUGCUCGUCAAUGGAACACUUGCAGAAUGGGUCCUACAAAAACUCGGGUUGACGCCUCCCAAAGCGUCCAGAAAACAAGUGUUGAAACUGUUUGAGAUUUCAACCCGAGACUUCAUCUUGCAUGCCUUUCAAAAACUAAGGAAACGACAACCACGCUUCAAGAAUGUGCCUUUCCAGAUGGUUCAAGAUCACUUGCCAUUCCUUGGAGGAGUCGAUCAAGAGUACCUGGACAAUUUGGAAGAUGAGAUACAAUCUGGCUUGCAAGGGGAAUUUAAACACCGACGCCAAAGCAGCCAAAUCAGGGCGUAUGAGGAAAUGGAGGAGGCCGUCACACAAACCAUGCGAGCCACAGUCGACAAUUCUUUGAAACCCAACAGCUACGGCAUUCCUGAUUGUCCAGAACAAAUCAAGAAAGAAGUUCGUUCAACCUUCCUCAAACUGCUAGACGCUGCAUAUCAGGCUGAAAUCCUGCAGGGUGGCUGCCGUGAUGACAAUGGAUUCACCUACGAAACCUUGCACCAGAGUGUUGUCUUUGCAGCCAAGAACUGUUCAGCUGGAGACAGCCCACUCCAAGAUUGGUCAUAUUGCAACAGCUUCGCUGGUCACAGCAAAGGCGCAGAGAUAUAUUUUCAACACUUUGUCAGGUGGUGCAAGAACACUAUCAACACUGCUCGUGGGAAACAAAUACAAGAUCAUCGCGCGGUCUAUGCCCACGAAAAGCUUUGGAAUCGAGUUGUACGGGCGAUAGUCUUUGUGGAAGCUCACAGACGUGCAGAGAAGGAGCUGAUGGGCUACCUUCAGGGCACUGACUUGCACCAAGCAUCAGAUGGCCUAAUGGCGGUUCACCUCGAAGAUGCGAUACAUACAGUUCUUGAUGAGAGCAAAGCUCAGGUCCAGCAGGCAGAAGAUUGGCUUGCAACCGGAGUCUCAGCAGAUGAUUUCUACGUGAUUCGGUGUCAUUACAUGGUCUCAAUGCUCUUGCACAAGGUGGAAUUGUACGUGACCAGAGCCGUUCAGAACGGCCAGCUAAAGGAGACUGAAGGUAGGAUGUACUUGUCUCAGAUUGGCACAAGGGUUCAAAAGGCACUCGGCUGUCAAUCGAAGCAUGCGGAAGAGCGCCCCCGUCGACAAAAGCAAAAGAGUUCGGGAUCUACCUCAAUUGCAACGUCAUUUGGAUCUUUCUGGGCUGGGAGGAAAGCCGCUGUCGUCGAAGCAGGUGGGAAGGCACGCCGCAAGAAGCAAUCAAGCGCUCCGGCAAAUUCCUCAUUCUGGAAAGAAGAAAUUGAUUCCGACAAAGGGGUUGGGAAGAGACCCUCCUUGCAUCGGCAGUGGAGUAUAGCCUCCAAUGCCAGUGCUCCUGACCUCAAGGAGCGAAACGACGAGAGCCAGAGCCACGAUCACCACCGCCAGCAAAUGCAAAACGAUCCAAUUGCACCCAGCACUCAUUCGGUCACGACUGCUUCAAUUUUGGCUGCACAAAUACCAGUACCAGAAUCAGAAAACAACAGCAGAGGCAGGCCGCCGCGACGCAUCAAGCAAAAGAGCGCUCCAGCAGAAUCAACAUUCUGGAACGAAGAAAGCACAUUGGAGUCAUGA